AGUAACAUUUACAUGGCCCUAAUUAUUUUGUUGCUUAUCUCUCUGGAGAGUAGCCGUCAUAUCCUCAUCUUCUAUUGUGUGGUUUCAAAAGAAGAACACACACACAAAGUAUGGUCUCUGGUGUUCUUUCGAAUCCUUUAUAACUGUUACCAACCCAACACUUUCAUCAUAUCAUCCAUACUCCAUACUGAAUACAGAUUAACCUUUCCACUCUUUUGUUAAAAAUAACCUUUCCUCUCUUUUCAUGGCUGCAUCACAAUCCUCAUCAUCCAUCACCAAUGAUGGAUACGAAUACGAUGUUUUCCUCAACUUCAGAGGCCCUGAUACACGUAGUGAUUUUACAGGAAAUCUUUGGAAUGCUCUACAUAACAGGGGGAUCCGCACCUUCAGGGAUGACUUGGAGAUUUACAAAGGGAAAAAUAUCGAGAAAUCACUUUUUGAAGCUAUUGAAAAAUCAAAGGCGGCCAUUGUUGUUCUCUCUCCGAGUUAUGCAACUUCAUCUUUUUGUUUAGACGAACUUUGUCAUAUCCUUAAAUGCAUAGAGGGAAGGGGUGGAUUUGUUUGGCCAAUCUUUUAUGAAGUUGACCCUUCAAAAGUGAGAUGGUUAGAAGACACUUAUGGAGAAGCAAUGGCUGAACAUAAGAAGAACAAUUGGUAUAGCGAAGAUAAGUUGAAGGAAUGGGAGAAUGCUUUGAAUCAAGUGGCUAAUUUGUCUGGUACCGUUUACAAAUGGAAGAAAGGGGAUGGAUAUGAAUACAUGUUUAUUGAUAAGAUUGUUCGAGUCGUCUCAACAGUGAUACAACCUUUUUCUUUAUCUAUACCUGAUUACCUAGUUGGGUUGGAGGACCAAAAACAAGAUGUAUUAUCGCUUUUGAAUGUUGACUCUGAUGAUAAGGUCUAUAUGGUUGGAAUCCACGGAACCGGUGGAAUAGGGAAAACAACUCUUGCUCAAGCGGUUUAUAAUUCAAUUGUAGAUCAAUUUGAUGGUUCGUGUUAUCUUGAAGAUGUAAGAGGAAAAACAGGGAAUGAGGGGUUGAUACAUCUUCAAAAUAUCCUUCUUUCUAAAAUAUUUGGAGAAAAUAAAAUCGUGGUAACAAGUGUUAACGAGGGAAUUAAUGAACUUCAAGUUAGGCUAAAAAAAAAGAAAGUUCUUUUGCUUCUUGACAAUGUUGACAAGUUGGAUCAAUUACGCAAUAUUGUUCGAGAACCCGGAUGGUUUGGUCGUGGAAGUAGAGUUAUGAUCACGACCCGUGACAUAGACGUGCUAAGAAGGCAUGGGGUUGAAAGAAGACAUGAGGUGAAAAUGUUGAACAAGGAUGAAGCUUACGAUCUUCUUAGAUGGAAAACUUUUCAAACUAAUGAAGUUAGUCCAAGCUUUGAAGAUGUUUUCAAUCGUGCUUUAACCUAUAUCAGUGGCCUUCCAUUAGCUAUUGAAAUAAUCGGUUCUCACUUAUUUUCAAAAAAAACAAUAGAAGAAUGGAACUCUGUGUUAGAUCAGUACAAAAAGGUUCCUAACCAAGAGAUCUUUGAGAUUCUUAAAGUGAGCUACAAUGAUUUGGUCCAAGAUUAUAAAGAUGUUUUUCUUGACAUAGCUUGUUUCUUCAAAGGAGAUAAUUUGGAAUAUGUCAAAAAAAUACUUCAUGCUCAUUAUGGUGACGAGAAGAAAGAUCAUAUCAAUGUGUUAAUUGAAAAAUCUCUCAUAAAGAUAAGCGAGUUUAAUGAUUUGAGUUUACAUGAUCUGAUAGAAGAUAUGGGAAAAGAAAUUGUCAGACUAGAAUCACCAUAUCAGCCUGGAGAACGCAGUAGAUUAUGGUCUGUUAAAGACAUAGUUGAAGUUUUGGAGGAAAAUACGGGAACAAGUAAAAUUGGAACCAUUAUUAUGCCUUGGGAUAUCAAGAAGGACAAUGUAGUAAAUUGGGAUGGAGAGGCUUUUAAGAAUAUGACAAAGCUUAGAACACUUCUUAUUGAAGGAGUUAAAUUUUCUGAAAGUCCAAAGCAUCUUCCAAAUAGUUUAAGAAUACUGGAGUGGUACGACUAUCCAUCACAGUAUUUCCCGGUUGAUUUUCUCCCGAGGCAACUCAUCAUAUGCAAAUUGAGCUCUGAAUUUUAUCGUCCUCGGGAAGACUUUUUCAAGAAGUACUGCAGGAAUAUGAGAAUUUUACAGUUUCUUCAUUGUAAUUCUUUGAGAUCGAUACCUAAUAUGUCAGGUCUCCAAAAUUUAGAAGAACUUUCAUUUUGGAGGUGUCCGGAGUUAAUUACAUUUGAUGACUCCAUUGUUUUGCUGGGUAAACUUAAAAUUUUGAAUAUCAUAAACUGUGGUGAACUCAAAUAUAUUCCACUCCUCAAAUUAGCUUCAUUGAAAAAACUCACUCUUUCAAAUUUAUAUAGUAUUAAGAGUUUUUCUCCCAUGUUGAAUGAGGCAUUGGAUAAACUUCAAUUUUUGGAGGUCAUCUGGUGUCCUUUUCUCAAAUAUAUUCCACCUCUUAAAUUAACUUCAUUGAAAACACUCACUCUUUCACAUAUAGAUCGCAUUAAGAGUCUUUCUCCCAUGUUGGACGAGUCAUUGGAUAAGCUUAAAAUUUUGAUGGUUGAAUAUUGUGCAAAGAUCCAAACUAUUCCAUCUCUCAAAUUACCUUCAUUGGAGGAACUCACUCUUAGCAAUUUAUCUAGUAUUGAGAGUCUUUCUCCCACGUUGGAUGAGUCAUUGGAUAAGCUUAAAAUUUUGGAGGUUGAUGAUUGUGGAAAGCUCCAAACUAUUCCAUCUCUCAAAUUACCUUCAUUGGAGGAACUCACUCUUAGCAAUUUAUCUAGUAUUGAGAGUCUUUCUCCCAUGUUGGAUGAGUCGUUGGAUAAGCUUAAAAUUUUGAAGGUUGUUGAUUGUGCAAAGAUCCAAACUAUUCCAUCUCUCAAAUUACCUUCAUUGGAGGAACUCACUCUUAGCAAUUUAUCUAGUAUUGAGAGUCUUUCUCCCACGUUGGAUGAGUCGUUGGAUAAGCUUAAAAUUUUGAAGGUUGUUGAAUGUGCAAAGAUCCAAACUAUUCCAUCUCUCAAAUUACCUUCAUUGGAGGAACUCACUCUUCGCUAUUUAUCUAGUAUUGAGAGUCUUUCUCCCAUGUUGGAUGAGUCAUUGGAUAAGCUUAAAAUUUUGAAGGUUGUUGAUUGUGCAAAGCUCCAAACUAUUCCAUCUCUCAAAUUACCUUCAUUGGAGAAACUCAGGCUUGGAAGUUUAUCUAGUAUUCAGAGUCUUUCUCCCAUGUUGGAUGAGUCGUUGGAUAAGCUUAAAAGUUUGAAGGUUUUAUUUUGUAAGAAGCUCCAAACUAUUCCAUCUCUCAAAUUACCUUCAUUGGAGAAACUCAGGCUUGGAAGUUUAUCUAGUAUUCAGAGUCUUUCUCCCAUGUUGGAUGAGUCGUUGGAUAAGCUUAAAAUUUUGAUGGUUGAUGGUUGUGAGAACCUCCAAGCUAUUCCAUCUCUCAAAUUACCUUCGUUGGAGCAACUCUGGCUUGUAAUUUUAUUUAGUAUUCAGAGUCUUUCUCCCAUGUUAGAUGAGUCGUUGGAUAAGCUUAAAAUUUUGGAGGUUCAUGGUUGUGUGAACCUCCAAACUAUUCCAUCUCUCAAAUUACCUUCAUUGGAGAAACUCACUCUUAAAGGUUUAUAUGGUAUUAAGAGUCUUUCUCCCAUGUUGGAUGAGUCAUUGGAUAAACUUAAAGUCUUGAAUAUUAGAUAUUGCUAUGACCUGUGUAGUUUUCCACAUGUCAUGUUGCCUUCACUAGAAAUCCUUAAUCUUUUAUAUUGUUAUUUUCUCGAGAGUUUUCCACCUGUCAUGUUGCCUUCACUAGAAAUCCUUGAUCUUUCAUAUUGUAAAUCUCUCGAGAGUUUUCCACGUAUCACCAGUCGGUCAAUGACUAAACUUAAAAUAUUGAGACUUGAAGGUUGUGAAAAGCUCAGGAAUAUUCAUGCUAUCAAUGUGGAUUCCUUAGAUGAAUUCGAUUAUUCAGGAUGUGAGAGUCUCGAGUUUCCCACCUCUGACUGAUGGAAGAGAUUAAUGCAGUUUACACCAUUUCAUUGUGUCAACUCAAGAGCACUCCCAUUACUAGAAUGGAUCAAAAAGCGUGUGAUGAAUCUGUCAAAAAAGCUUCGGAUUUCAAGUGUGAUAAUUUUUUUUAAGAAGUUGAUAAAUCAAUUGCAUGCCCCACUCAAGUGUGAUAAGAAGACUGAACCAUUAUUUGCAAAAUAAUCUUUUCAAAAUAUUUGCAACAAAGUUGAAGUUCUUGCUAAGAGGUCCUUUGGCGAACAAUCCAGUGACUGAUUUUGAAAAGGCUGUCAAUAAGUUGCGACAGAAAUACAGGUCUUACAUCGUGGAAUAUGACACUGAAGAGGGCUUUUGAUGCUUCCCAAUAUGUUUGCGAAAGAUUUUUGGGAUCAAAUCACGCAUUUUGCAACAUUAAUAGAUCCAAAAAACAACAAGUUUGAAGUACUGGUGGAACGUGUCAAUGGGCAUGUGUUUUUUUUACCAAAGGAUGGAAAGCUCUGCGUGACUUUUAUGGAAUUCGGUUGGGGGCAUGGGUGACAUUGGUAUUUGUUGGUAUGAGACAGUUUGCAAUAAUUCUGAAGGUUAGGUUUGGGAAAAAAGUCAAGUGUCCGGUUUUCAAUCUGCCUAUGCAGUUCGUGAUUGACAAAACUUCUGUGCAGCCAACCUUCAACAAUAUUGUCCCCUCUUCACUGUAAGUCUUGCAUAUCGGCACAGCAACACCAACAUGCAGGUUGAUAUGGUGCACAAACUAACUGAUUAUGAUGUCACCAGUGGGUUUUUGGUAUGCAGAGUUUAAUAUUUUCGGAACUGAACCCUAUGAACACUGCAGAAUUGGUGGAAAGUGGAAACUUUUUGUUGAUUGCUGCAAUCUUUAUGAAGAAAUGAGGAUGAGGUUUGGUGCGCCUGUUGGUGGCAAAAACACUGCUCUUUAUGUUAAAGUCGUUGCAAAUUAGAGAUGUGGUUCUUUUUCAUAUGGUUGCAGGAGGAUUGUUCAAGUUUAUUUAAGUUUCUUUUUGUUUUUUAAGUUUGUAAUGAACAUCUGUGCUUAAGAAGUGUUCUUUUUAAUUUUCUGUUGUCAGGAACUUUAAGUUUGCCAUCAACAUCAUGCACCUCAUGCUAAUCAUCAGUUAAACGAAGUAACUUUUUUCCCAAUACAAGUUUGCAAGCAUUGUGUUCUUUCUAUCA